UUUCUUUGUCUGUCUACUGAAGAGGAAAGGCAAGAGAGGAGGGUGCAAAUGUGAGAGAAAGAGAGCGAGAGAGUGUGUGUUAUGAAAGGAGAAGACAGAAUGGACCAGACACACUCGCCUUUUUGACAAUAGAAGCUCACUUCCUAUCUGUCAGUGGUGUCUCGUGAAAAAGCUCCAAUUGAAAAGAAAGGACAGUGAUCUCUGUGGAGAUCUGCAGUGGAGGGUUUCACAGACUCAUCAGUGUGGCUGAAUGUAUCACAUAGCAGAGCAGUAUUUUGGACGUAACUCAUGGGACUCUUUCCCCUCUGCUGGGCCGAACCGAGCAUCAUGGGCCCCAGGCAACAACAGGUACUGGGCCCCUCCUUCCAGGUGCAGUGGAGGAAACUAUCAAUCCUCAUCCCAAAACUACACAGCAGGAAGAAGCUACCCAAACAAUGCUUAUAACAACAGACCUCCAGAUUUCAGUAGGGACAGGCCCCAUAUUCACCCCAGAGACAGAGACAUUGGAAAGAAACAGAGGCUCCAGAGGGGCUGUGGACCACCACAGAACCAGUACCAUAACCCUGAACACUCCACCAUAAACAACUACAGCUCAGGUUGUGGAGGUCACCCCUCCAGCAGCAACAAUGACGUCAGCCAGCCACACAGGUAUGGGGGUCCACACCAGCAGCAGCGUUCCACUGGGCGCCACCCACAGUCCCAGGGAGAGAAAUGGACACAGUUGACUCAGUCCAGGACUUUCCCAGGGCAUUCUCUCAAACGUUCAGCACCUCCUCACAAUAUGUCACCCCCCCUCUGUGACCCAUCCCCUUCACGAGACGACUGUUCCAGCAAAAGGAGUAGGCCCCCACACCAGAAUUUCCACCCAAGGGAGAAUUAUUACAUCAACCGUCCACCUCCCUCCCAUCCACCUGGGCCCUGGAGCCCAACAAACAAAAGCUCAAUGCCCUGGAGCCCGUCUGAGAAGAGGUCCUCCCCCUCUCGCUUUCAGGAGUCCAGUCAUUCAGGCAUAAGAGAUCACAGACCCCAUUCCUUCCCCUCACCUCCCAACUGUAGCCCCAGUCAGGGUCUCCACAACAAGAAACCCACCAAUCAGGGGCAAUCUCAUCAUUUGGUCAAAGAUCAUCCAGGCCCCCAUCCCCAUGGGACCAAAGGGGGCUGGGAUUGCCCAUCACUAGCAAACCUCACCAGUGUGCCUUACAGUCAGCAGCACCAGCUCCCUCCUCCACAGAGGCACACCGGCUCCUCAAGCAGCCCCGCCAACUCAGUACCUCAGCCCAGAUCAAACAUGGCACAGCAUGGCUGGAAAACACAGAGCCGUUCUGGAAAACACUGCAAUAGUGAGAAUGGGCUUACUGCAUCCCAGGAGUCUGUGGGCGGGGGAAGAAAACGACUGAGUGCAACCAAACACAGUAGCCAUCAACGGAGUCCCACUGAGCCACACAGUAGCGCAGAGGGUAGGAUUAGCGUUUAUAAUGGGAGAGAUUGUACCGAAUGGAGGAGUCCAGAGAUAGGGUUAAAGAAACACAAUCAGAGAGACCCUUCCUCUGAACCCACCUCUCAGGCCUCAGACAGGUGUCAAAGGGCACAAAGGUCAGAGAGGUCAAAAAUGAAGAAGAGCAGACAUUCUAAAUCCACCCACAAGAGCCCCCUCAGCAAGCUGGAUACUGAACUCUUGAAACACAUUCAAGCCAAGCUGAAGCACAGGGAACGUGUAAAGAGUAAGGAGAGAAAGGAGGAGGAAGAGCUGAUACAUGAAAUGGAACAGAUGGAGAAAAGACGGGAGGAAAGGAAAAAUAAAAAAAUGAGGGAAGGCAGGAAGGGACAUGAUAAGAAAAGCAUGCAUCAAAAGUUGGGACUGACGAAGAGAAGAGCAAAAGAGGAAAAGAAAGCAGAGAGGAAAUCAGGAACGCAUGAAGAUAGGAAGAGUGAGAUGCUAACUCAAAAACCAGCAUCUCCUUAUUUAGAAACGUCUGAUCCUAAUGAUUCUGAACUUCUCCUGAAUGACCCAUUAUCAUUUAGUUUCCAACUCAGAGAAGAAGAUGAAGUCUCUCAACAUGCCUCAGGGUUAAUCCCAACCUCUACAUCUCCUAUCAAUAAUGACCAUUGUUCUCCAUGCCAACCAACUCUAGCAGCCAAUACUAAAGCUUUCGAGCUUGACAAUAAAUCAGACUCAGUCUCAGAGCCUGACCAUGUAGACACUAGUGAUGAUGACAGUGUAGAUACAAAAGAAACCCCAAAUAUUUGUGCAUCCAAACCCACUGUUACCGAUAAGAGAACAAACCAUGGUGGAGAACAACCCAUCAGUAGCAAGGAGGGUGUCCUGGAGAAAACAGUGGUCCAUCAUGCUCCAGACCUCCUCCCAGCUCACUGCAGCUAUAGCGAGGAGCUCCUAAGGUUAGAUCCACCAACAAGUCCACCUGUUCUGAGCUGGCAGGGCUCACCUGUGUCAGAUUUGGAUGAUGAUGAAGAAGACAGAAAAGAGGAAGAUAUGAUUGGAGUACUUAGGAGGCCAGUGCUACAGCCCAGUCCAACACAUUCAUCACCGCUACAAGAAACAAUGGAGAUCAACACUGGGGUCGACUAUUUCCACAGCGACCUAGCCAAGCUAUACAGCCUCCCAAAGCCCUCAAAAACAAUGGAGGCUGAGGAAGAGGACAACAAAAAGCGAGAGGGUGAGCAGAAAGAUAGUAGUCCUGAAGCAUCAAGCUCUCAGCUCAACAAACCACACCUGCACCAAAUGGACACAUUUAAAUCCUCAAUCUCAGCAAUGGGUAGCCAUAGGUACACUUACAGGGGUGGGCCAUUUGGUCGGCCUCCCCCUAGUGCUUUAGUGGGUGUGAAAUACUCCUCAUCCCUGUCCUUGGGUCCAGAGAUCUGUCCUCCAGAUCAGCACAGCCCACCUGCUACAUUUCCAACCCAGGAUAUCCCAGAUCAGGUUACACCACCACUCAUCCAGUCUUCAGAAAAAGGCAAAGAGAGUGAAACCAAGGCAGAAGAGGAAGAAAGAGAGGAAACCAAAUCAGAAGAAGAAAGAGAGGAAACAGAUGCAAAAGAGGAAGACAGAGAGGAAACUGAUGUCCAGAAAAUAGAUCAAAAAAAGAUCAAAGCAGUUGAAUCAUCUGAAGACCCAACCCACACAUCACUAGAGGAGAAGGAGCAUCUGAUGUCUCCUGCCAGCCUGCAGGCUAAACUAGCACAUAGCUGUGAGCUACUGUUAAAUCAAAUCUCCAGUUCUGUGUCAAAGGGCAUAAAAGUAAGCAUGCCCAAGUCUGCUGAGAAAGAAUUGGAACUAGUCAGACAGAAAGACCAAGUGAGGAAUCAAAAGAGGAAAAGUGGCAUGACUGUGAAAGGAGAAGAUCAGGAAAAGAGCAACAGAGGAAAGAAUAAAAAGCGAAAGUUGAAGAAUGAGGCUGAGAUAAAGAGUGAACCUUCUUCUCUGAACUCGCCCCUAUCAUCAUCACCUUCUGAUUGUUCAGAUGAGCAGCCAAAGGAGAUCAGAAACAAACAGAUCAUUCCAGACCAUCAAAACUACAAGAAAGAUGUAAAAGCAGAACCUAAAGAAUUAGAGAGAGAUAAAGGGAUAGCUGUUAAAAACGAGAGCAUCAAAGAAGACACAAUAAAGGUGGAAACAACAAGUACAAUGGCAACCUCCACACCAUCAACUACAUCUAAUGCAACCGAAAGUCAAACCUCCUGUACUGUGAGUGCCUCUGGCAGACUUUCGCUACUGGACCGGGUGAAUCUCCUAAAGUUCCAGGCAUUGUCUAAUAUUCCGCUAAAAGAGCUGAAGAUUCAUUUGAUCAAGGUGGAGAGCAGAGGUCGGCAGACCUUCAUUGCCUCAGAGAUAGAGCAGAUGAGUAUCCCUCUCAAAGCCAUCAACAUCAGAAACACCGCCACUGAGGUCAUACGAGCCUGCAAAGGGGAGGACAUCAAAAGUAAGUUUCGGGAGUCUUACCUGUUGCCUGCGUUCUCAGUGAAGCCUAUUCUGUCCAGCGAGACCCCCAUUCCCAGAGAGAAGCUCAACCCUCCAACGCCAAGCAUAUAUCUGGAGAGUAAGAGAGAUGCAUUCUCUCCUGUACUACUGCAGUUCUGUACAGACCCAAAAAAUGCUGUCACUGUCAUCAGAGGAUUGGCAGGAUCCCUACGUCUCAAUCUGGGUCUGUUCUCCACUAAGUCGCUGGUGGAGGCUAAUGCAGAGCAUGCAGUGGAAGUGAGGACUCAGGUUCAGCAGCCAGCGGAUGAGAACUGGAACCACUCGGGAUCCGCCCAGACCUGGCCCUGCGACAGCAGCAGAUCUCACACCACCAUUGCUAAAUAUGCACAGUACCAAGCAUCCAGUUUCCAGGAGAGCUUACAGGAAGAGAAAGACAGUGAAGACGAAGAUGAGGAAGACAAAUCAGAGAACAAAAAUGUGACAAAUUCCAUCCUACAAGUCAACACUGGGUCUUCCACAACAACCACCACCACCACAUCCAGCUUGGAACAGAAAGCUGUUGGGAAAAUCAUCAAAUUUGGAACCAACAUUGACUUGUCUGACCCAAAGAGGUGGAAGCCACAGCUGCAGGAGCUGUUGAAAUUACCAGCGUUCAUGCGUGUGUCCUCCAGCGGGAACAUGCUGAGUCAUGUUGGUCACACUAUACUGGGCAUGAACACAGUCCAGCUUUACAUGAAAGUCCCUGGUAGCCGCACUCCAGGACAUCAGGAAAAUAAUAAUUUCUGUUCAGUGAACAUCAACAUUGGCCCUGGAGACUGUGAGUGGUUUGCUGUCCAUGAGCACUACUGGAAGGCCAUCAGUGACUUCUGUGAAAAGCAUGGUGUGGACUAUCUGACAGGCGCAUGGUGGCCAGUUCUGGAGGACCUUUAUCGUUCAAACAUCCCAGUGUAUCGCUUCAUUCAGAGACCCGGAGACCUGGUGUGGAUCAACGCUGGCACAGUGCACUGGGUUCAGGCCGUGGGCUGGUGCAAUAACAUUGCAUGGAAUGUGGGUCCUUUAAAUGCCUAUCAAUACCAGCUGGCUCUUGAGCGCUUUGAGUGGAACGAGAUCAAGAAAGUAAAAUCUAUCGUUCCUAUGAUUCAUGUGUCCUGGAACGUGGCCCGCACAAUCAAGAUCACAGACCCAAACACAUUCAAGAUGAUUAAACAUUGUCUCCUCCAGUCCAUCAAGCACAUUCAGAUUUUGAGGGACCAGCUGGUGUCUGUAGGGAAGAAGAUCUCCUAUCAAAGCAGGGUGAAGGAUGAGCCAGCAUACUACUGCAACGAGUGUGAUGUUGAGGUGUUUGACCUGCUGUUUGUGACCAGUGAGAGCAGCAGUAGAAAGACAUAUGUAGUUCACUGUGAGGACUGCGCUCGGGGACGGAGCCCCUGUCUGGCAGGUGUGGUGGUGCUGGAGCAGUACCGCAUAGAUGAGCUUAUGAGCACAUACGAUAACUUCACCCUGGCUCCAGUUCCAUGCUCUCGGUGAGCUUGAUGUCUGAAACUACACAGCCAUAACCAAAUCUCCCACCCCAAAUCUCCUGCCCCAAAGCAGCGGCACAAACCUUUCAUUCUCCUUCUUUUUUUCUUUUUUAAGACCACUACUGCAAACUUAUGGAACAGUCAAUCAAAUUGCUGUUUACUUCACAUUGUUUACAAUAUUAUCAGCAGAUGUCUCUCCAGCUCAGUCGUCUUCCCCUCAACCAGCUACUGAUGGGACAUCUGAUUUAAUCACGUACCUUUGUAUUACGUCUCUGAUUAUAGAAUUACUUGAGUGGUGCUACAUCAUAGGACUCGAGCUAAUUAUGUAUAACUUGGCUAUCAGGUCAUUUCAUCCUCAAUGAAUAACUGCUGUGAAUCCCUUUUUUAAAAGAAAUAGUCGACUUGCCGAACAUGUGCAUUAAUUCAGGUACUGAUGUAGUUAACUUUUUUUUUAUGCAAACGGAAGACGAUGUCACCAGUCCAGUUAAUCUGACUAUGGUUUAUCUGAGUCAGUGGUGCUUUGAUACAACGUAUAAACAGCAGGAGAUUAAUUUCUCGUGGAGCUGUUUACCAUUGCAGUGGCAUUAAGUUUUAUUCUGUUGUUUUGGUCAUGUCAUAUUUACUACAAGUCUGAUCUUUGUAAAUGGUAUUUGCAUAUUUGACUGGGUGCUAUUUUUUUUUUUAAGUUGUCAAAGGUUUUCAGAAAAAUACGCUUUUUUUAACAGUCUAAAAUAACACCAUUUUGGCCUUGUGAUUUGCAUUUAGACAAAAGGUGAUUUUAAGGUAUUUGAUUAAGUAAACUCAAAGCAUUAAAAUAUAAAGUACGGUAUAUUUAACAGUUAUUCCAUAAAAUACGGGUUUAAUCUUAAACUUAUUUGACUGCAUUUGUUUGGAAAACCUUGUGUGUGUUAAGUGAUCUUUUUGUACAAUUAAAAAAUUAUAAUAAUUCCUGCAAACUUGUGGCUUUUAAAGCUUUUCUCAAUACAAUUUCUAUCCUUCCUUUAAUCAAAUCAUAUAUUCAAAUCGUUCUGUCUUUGUUUUUUUUAUUUAUUUAGGUGUCUUUUUUCUUUUGUAUUUAUUGAUUGUUUUUGGUGCUGAUGUGGUGAGGCUCACGGGGGAACGUUUGAUUCAAAAUGGUGCUGAUCCCCAUCCUCCCGGGUCUCUCUGUCUGUAAAAUUAUCUGUAGGCUUGAAAACAUAAAUAUAAGUUAAUCUCACAAGUUGGUGCUUAGAAAAGAGUCAGUACACUUUUAUGAACUGAAUGUCUUUUUACUGUAUAUUUAACACAUGAAAUUUGUUUGCUCUACUUUACAUGAAGUACAGAAUAUUGUGACACGUGUAUAAUUCCAGUCAUUCCAGAUGUUAUGAUUAUAAUGACCUUUCUAAUCUGUAUCAAUAAUGAUGAAUUUCAGAGGGAGUUUUCAGAUUUGCAUUCCAUCAAUACCUCUCAAGAGUUUGUUUUCAGGUUCAUUGCUAUUUUUUGUUUGUUUUACUUUACAAAAAAAAAAUGACAAGAGCAUUGAGGAACUGAGCCAGACUUGUCUAAAACAGUUUGUGAUUUUGUGUGUUAUAACGGAUAUAAUGAUACCUAUAAUAAAAAAUAAACUUUCUGAUAAAUUG